UUUGAACCGGCGGGAACUUGACGCGGCUCCGCGUGUUGAUGCGGUAAAAGGCUCGUUGGUGAAACAAGUUUCCAGCAGCAGCGGAGACCCCGAACUCAGGCAGAAACACACGAAAAUGGAGAUGCAGAAACGGGUCUCUCUAGAGCUGAGGCAUCGGUCGCCGUCGGAGGUGCAGGAGCUGGUCCUGGACAACUGUCGCUCCAGCGAGGGGAAGAUCGAGGGAAUCACGGAGGAAUUCUCCAACCUGGAGCUGCUGAGCCUCAUCAACGUGGGCCUGACCAGCGUAGCAGACAUCCCCAAGCUGGCCAAACUCAAAAAGCUGGAGCUGAGCGACAACAGGAUAUCGGGCGGGCUGGAGGUUCUGGCGGAGCGGCUGGUGAACCUGACGCACCUGAACCUCAGCGGGAACAAGUUCAAGGACAUCAGCACGCUGGAGCCGCUGAAAAAGCUUCCCCAGCUGAAGAGUCUGGACCUGUUCAACUGCGAGGUGACCAACCUGGGCGACUACCGGGGCUCCAUCUUCAAGCUGCUGCCGCAGCUCACCUACCUCGACGGAUACGACAUCGACGACUGCGAGGCCUCCGACUCCGACGGGGAGGGAGACUGUGUGGACGACGAGGACGAGGAAGAGGGAGAAUCGGAGGACUUUGAGGAGGAGGAAGACGAGGAUGAGGAAGACGUGGUGGCUGAGGAAGACGACGACGAUGACGACAGCGCCGACGAUGAGGACGGAGAGGUGAACGGAGACGUGGACAGUGAAGACGACGAUGACGACGACGACGAUGACGAUGACGACGAGGAGUCGUCUCCGGCCAAAGGCGAGAAGAGAAAGCGAGAACCGGACGACGAGGACAACGAAGACGAGUGACGGUCCACGGAGGAAUCUGCGACCCCCUCCGACCUCCGGCCCCCCCGCCCUCGUUCCUGCCCCUCAUCCCCCCCCCCCCCCCACCCUGCCCCCGUCUCCCCGUCUCCCGGUCUCUCUGGAGUCGGCCGGGGCUCAAACCUCCGGCUCUCCCCCCCUCCCCCGUCCCCCCCCCUCCCCGCGGCCGAGCGCUCAGGGCAAAACCGUGUUCUGUCUUUUUUUGGCAACAGAGCUUUUUAAAAAAUGCAUAUUUUUUCAGAGAAUUGUUUUUUUUGUUUACUCUUGUAUGUUUGUCGUGGGACACGUCUCUCUCUCUCUCUCUCUCCGUCUCUCCCUCCGUCUUCACCUCUCUCCGAGAGACUCACCCGUUCCUUCACACUUACACUGAAAAGAUUUUCUUUCUCUUUUUUUUCUUUUUUUUUUUACUCUGUAAGUUAAAUGGAAAAAAACAUGCAAAAAGGAUUUGUAAAUAAAAUCUUAACAUUUUG